AUGCCUCGAUCGGCCCCGGUGAACAAACAGCCCUGGCAAUUUUUUCUUUCUCUCUCUUUCUGGCUUUCUGCCCCUCGGAGUCAUCAGUCAUCUCUCUCAUCUUCCGUCAUCGAUCAUCCCCAUCAUCGAUUUUCAACCUUCAAUCCUCCCUUUCCCAGCGGAGGCCAUGACUUAACGGCCCCAGUGAACCCACCCACCCUCAACCCUCUGGCCUUUGGUGCGCGGAGAGGCGCCCAGUCAGGGAUGGUCACCACGGCAGGGGUUCCACCUUCACUUCUCUCAUCAUUACCAUGGCCGACUAGACGGUGGAUCGCAGGAACAGCAGCAGCCGGAGCUGGCGUGGGAGCGUCUUUACUUUUAAGUCGCAGAGGCACUUUAACCACCCCGGUUCAUUCGGUUCAGGGUCUGGCCCACCACCCGACGGCACGGCGAUUCCACGCGGCAGUGUGGCCCUCAUAUGGCAUCACGACGCCCGUCCCCGAGCGCCAGCUUCUCGGUCUUGCGCAAUCUCCCUUUCGCUUCGAGACAGGCUAUGCGCUCUGCGCCAAACGACCCCCACGCCCGUUUCCUCCACCUUUCUUGUCGCCGCCGUCUUCGUCCUUUUCUGAUCCCUUGACGACGCACUCGCUCAGCCAGGAUAAGAGAUUAUCCGUGAGGGGUGAACUGGUUCGCGGUCUAAACAAUGGAGACGAUGCCAUCAUCGUCGCGGAGAACUUUCUGGGAGUGGACGACGGGGUAGGCGCCUGGGCGACAAAGCCUCAUGGCCAUGCUGCACUCUGGUCCCGUCUCCUCUUACACUUUUGGGCUCUCGAGAUUGAGCGCCGAGUCUCUGCGAAUGCGACCACCCUCGACCCCAUCGAAUAUCUCCAGACCGCGUACGAAGAGACAAUUCGUGCGACUACCACACCAACCCAGUGGCUCGGUACGACAACGUCAGCCACUGCACUCUUACACUGGACGCGCGAUACCGACGGUACUCAGAAACCCCUCCUCUACGUGACCAACCUGGGCGACUGCAAGAUACUCGUGAUCCGGCCGAGCGAAGACAAGGUCCUUUUCCGGACGAUAGAGCAAUGGCACUGGUUUGAUUGCCCUAUGCAACUAGGCACAAACAGUGUCGAUACCCCGCGCAAGGACGCUGUGCUGUCCAAAGUGGCUCUCCAGGAGAAUGACAUUGUGCUUGCGCUGUCAGACGGCGUGAUGGAUAACUUGUGGGAACACGAGGUGCAGAAGAUCGUACAAGAUAGCUUGAAGAAAUGGGACGCGGGUCAUGUCCAGGCCAAAGAUCAGGCCCCUUCUCCCGAGUUGUCUGACGAUCGCAUGGUCUAUGUAGCCAGGGAGCUGCUGAAUGCAGCUUUGAACAUUGCCCGGGAUCCUUUUGCGGAGAGUCCAUAUAUGGAGAAGGCGGUGGAUGAGGGUAUUGCCAUUGAAGGUGGUGAGUCGAAUAUUGGAUGA